UCCCGCUGGGCGCCCCCAAGCCCGGCUCACGGUCUGCUCUGGCCUGACUCUGGCAGCAGAAGCCGAAAGACAGAAAUGCAGGCCGGGAGGCGAGGAGGGGGGAUGACUCCAGCAGAGUACCCCACUCCUUUGAAGAGCCCAGAGGGAGAUGUCAGCCCAGUCUCUUCCUGCAGCAACACCUCCUACCCAGAAACCCCCUCGGAUCAUCCGCCCCCGCCCCCCUUCUCGCCCCCGGGCUGCCCAGUCCCCAGGGCCCCACCACAACGGCUCUUCUCCACAAGAACCUGCCCUCACCUCCAAUGAUGCACCAACCCCAAUGUGCGCCCCCAUCCACUGGGACCCCCCUGCCUCCUCCCUCAAGCCCCCUGCCCUCCUGCCUCCCUCAGCUUCUAAAGCCAGCCUGGACUCCCAGACUUCCCCAGACUCGCCUUCCAGCACCCCCAGUCCCGCGUCCAGGCGCUCCGUCUCCCCAGAACCUGCUGCCCGGUCUCCAGUCCCCCCACCCAAACCUUCCGGGUCACACACUCUGCCCCUGCUCCCCACGCCUGGGGUCCCUGACCAGGGUGGUUCUGCCUCGGCCCCAGGCACUGUGAGGAGACUGGCUGGCAGGUUUGAAUGGGGGACUGAAAGCAGGGUCCAGGCUGCGGAGGCCCUGGAGCCGAGUCCCCAAGGGGCAGUGGAUGUGAACGGGGAGAGAGAGGCUCCACAGGGCAACCUUGCUGGGAGUGGGUCCCAGGAGAACGGCACUCCGGAUGCUGCCCUCGCCUGCCCUCCUUGCUGCCCCUGUGUCUGCCACAUAGGCCGGCCUGGCCUCGAGCUCCGCUGGGUGCCUGUGGGGGGCUAUGAGGAUGGCCCCAGGGUUUUCUGCCGCGCCUCCCCACUGAGGGCCUCCCGCUCCCGCCCCAGCCCUCCAAGCAUCAGUCUCCCCCCAGUGGUCCUUACGUCCUACCGCUCCACAGCGGAGCGCAAACUCCUGCCGCCCCUCAAAGCCCCCAAACCAACUUGGGUCAGGCAGGACCCCACCAUCUCUGGGGAACCCCCACAGCCAGAUCUCGAUCCUCCCUCCGAAGAUGGAAUCCAAGCAGGGGACAAUCCUGAUGAAGCUCCUCAGAACACUCCUCCGGCAACAAUGGAGGGCAGGGACAAGGAGGGGCUGGAGGAGCUGAAGGAGCAGAACUGGGAGCUGCCCCUGCAGGAUGAGCCCCUGUACCAGAACUAUCGAGCAGCUGUGCUGUCCGAGGAGCUCUGGGGUGUCAGCGAGGAUGGGUGUCCCUCCCCCACAAAUCCCGGCGAAGCUCCCACCUUCGCACGGCCCCCUGGGCCUCGCAACACACUGUGGCAGGAGCUUCCGGCCGUGCGAGCCAGUGGCCUCCUGGACACGCUAAGCCCCCAGGAGAGGCGCAUGCAGGAGAGCCUGUUCGAGGUGGUGACAUCCGAGGCCUCUUACCUGCGCUCCCUGCGGCUGCUGACGGACACCUUUGUGCUGAGCCAGGCUCUCCGGGACACGCUGACCCCCCGGGACCACCACACCCUCUUUUCUAAUGUGCAGCGAGUUCAGGGAGUCAGCGAGCGGUUUCUAGGGGCGCUCCUGUCCCGCGUGCGCUCUUCCCCCCACAUCAGCGACCUGUGUGACGUGGUGCACGACCACGCCGUGGGGCCCUUCUCGGUGUAUGUGGAUUAUGUGCGGAACCAGCAAUACCAGGAGGAGACUUACAGCCGCCUUAUGGACACGAACGUGCGCUUCUCGGCGGAGCUGCGGCGCCUCCAGAGCCUCCCGAAGUGCGAGCGGCUGCCCCUGCCGUCCUUCUUGCUGCUGCCUUUUCAGCGCAUCACCCGGCUCCGCAUGCUGCUGCAGAAUAUCCUGCGCCAGACGGAGGAGGGGUCCAGCCGCCAGGAGAAUGCGCAGAAAGCCCUGGGUGCCGUCAGCAAGAUCAUUGAGCGUUGCAGCGCUGAGGUGGGGCGCAUGAAGCAGACCGAGGAGCUGAUCCGGCUCACCCAGAGGCUGCGCUUUCACAAAGUCAAGGCCCUGCCCCUGGUGUCCUGGUCCAGGCGCCUGGAGUUGCAGGGGGAGCUGACCGAGUUAGGGUGCCGGAGGGGGGGUGUGCUCUUCACCUCGCGCCCCCGCUUCACCCCCCUCUGUCUGCUGCUCUUCAGUGACCUGUUGCUCAUCACUCAGCCCAAGAGCGGGCAGCGGCUACAAGUUCUGGACUAUGCCCAUCGCUCCCUGGUCCAGGCCCAGCAGGUUCCGGACCCAUCCGGACCCCCCACUUUCCGCCUCUCCCUUCUCAGCAACCACCAGGGCCGCCCCACCCACCGACUCCUGCAAGCUUCGUCCCUAUCAGACAUGCAACGCUGGCUGGGAGCCUUCCCGACCCCCGGCCCCCUUCCCUGCUCCCCGGAUACCGUCUAUGAGGACUGUGACUGUUCCCAGGAACUGUGUUCAGAGCCUUCUGCACUGGCCAGGACGGAGGGACGAAGUCUGGAGUCCAGGGCUCCCCCCAAGCACCCACACAAGAGCCCCGAAGGCUGGCUGAAGGGGUUUCCUGGGGCCUUCCCGGCCCAGCUGGUGUGUGAAGUCACAGGGGAACACGAAAGGAGGAGGCACCUUCGCCAGCACCAGAGGCUCCUCGAGGCUGUUGGGCCCUCUUCAGGCUCCCCCAGUGCCCCCCCACCCUAGCGCAGGCUGGGACAUCCGGCAGCUCAGCGCGGAGAGGACAAAGCUCAUCCAUCCAUUGGAUUCGCUGUCAGUGGAAACGCUACCUCUACCGGCAACCAAUAGGGACCGAGCUUCAGGAGAAGGCAGCCAAUGAGAACAAGGCCGUCGGAGCCCCCCCCCCCACGCCCUCCCCCGCGAAGGAGAAUGAGGAUGGCUUGAGUGGGUGGCCAAUGGAGACAGAGGCCUGGUGCAGGGCAGCCAAUGGGUGCUGAGCUGGCUGAGCCGCUGGCCAAUGAGUAUCCCUGCUCCGUUCACAGCCAAGGAAGACUAAGAAGCUAGGUCAAUAAAGUUCUAAAAAGGGCUGCACUGGAGAUAAAGUCCCAGGAUAAAAGAGCCAACCGCAGUGAGCAGGGACAUCCAGCCACAGAAGUUGGUGGUCUGGGCCCCAGAGACCCGUGGGGCCCCCCUUGGUUCUAUAGCAAUGACCCUCCUGCCUUUUGAGUGUGGGAAGCGCUAGAUUCCGUUCCUGGGGUGCCUUCUCUGCCCUCUCAAGCCCCUUCCUCUCUUCUAGAAGAAUCCAGAGUGUGUGUCUCAGAGAAUCGGUGCGUGUGUCCCUAGGUCUCUGCAUGUAUCAGGGAAGGGGGUCCUGCUGAACGUGCUGUGUGUGUGGUCCUGCCCCCUCCCGGGUGACUGAGCACUCCAUUUCUUCCCUCACCCCCUGCUUUUCCUAUUAUUCUCUCCAAGAAGACAGGAGGUCUGAGCUCCAGCGGACAUGAUGUGUUGGGUGUGGCUUGGCAGCCAGAGGCCAGAGUGGCGGAAGAGAAGCCUGAGUUCUGGGCCAGGGGUCCAUGGCAGCUGGAGGGUGAUGCUGGGGAUCAGCCAGACAGCCUGGUAGAGGGGCCCGAGGGACUAAAGAUGGCCAGUGGCCGUGGCCUGAAGCCCCCUGAAGCUUCCUUGCCCCAACCUUGGCCUCCAACCUGAACUGUAACCGGUCAUUCAUCCGGCCUCAGCUUCGGGCUUCACACCGGCUCUGCGCCCCAGGUUUGGGGGAGGAAACAGGAGCUGUGGAUCGCGGGCCGGCCGGGGAGCCUCUCCGGCUUUCCGGGCUUCAUCCUGGACCUCCCGCGGCAACACUGGGCCAGCUGGUGGGGAGGGAACAAAGAGCCAGUGCUCUUCCAGAGAAGAAAGUGCCCGGUGGGAUACCAGAAGGAGGUGAGGGAUGGAGCCGGAGCAGAGCAGACAGUUGCUGGUGACCGAGGGCCUAGGCCUGACACCAGGCCUUCCCUGAGCUGGGCCCGUCACACUGUCCCUUCAGCUCACGUGUGGCAGCUGGCCCAGGAAAGCAACUGCACACCAGCCACGGGAGGUGCAAGGACUCUGGGAGGCCGGGAGGGAGAAAGGGACUAGCCUUUGGCCACCCAGGACUUCGCACAGUGCCUGGCGUAUGAGAAACCCUCAAUAAAUGUUGGUGGACCUGUACUGA